CCUCGGCGCCUCCUCCCCUCCGCCGCCGCCAGCUUCGCCCUGGGGCUGCACCCUGCGCCACUGUCACUCGGGGUUGCUCCCUGCUGCGAGUUCCUUGCGACUGUGCUCGGGAAGUGCUGUUCGGGCUCUGCGUGUCCCAUAGCGUAGCCCAGGUGCGGACGCGUAAGAGGAGAGCUGAGGGACUGCUGUGAAAGCUCCUUCGGAGCAGAAGAACCAGUCGCCCGUCUACAGAGUCCCCCACGACCUGGGCAGGCGAGAGGGGAGAGCGAUGCGGCCGACCCCUGGUGCCUCGCUUGUACCCGGUGCUGCCGCAACUCCGGAAUCCCGGCAGCGGAAACGGGUCUUGUGCUGCUGCCCGGGAACGCGGCACCGCGAGAGCUCCACGAGCUCCGAGUCCCGCAGUCUGCUGCUGCCCGUGGUGCUGAUGUCGCUGCUCGAGGAGUCCCAGAAAGGCCGGCUGCGGAACCGGGUGUACCGCCAGCUCCAAGACAUGUCCUGCUACACCCAGUGUGUGCCAUGCCGACCCUGCGACACAACCCCUCUGGCCAGCAGCUGCAAUGAGCCCUGUGUCCGGCAGUGCCAGAACUCCACCAUUGUCAUUGAGCUCUCCCCUGUGGUGGUGACCCUGCCCGGACCCAUCCUCAGCUCCUUCCCACAGAACACUGUUGUAGCAUCCUCCACCUCUGCUGCUGUUGGCAGCAUCCUCAGUUCUGAGGGUGUUCCCAUCACCUCAGGGGGCUUUGACCUCUCCAGCUUUGGCAGCCGCUACUGUGGCAGAAGAUGCCUGCCCUGAUAAAGGGACUGGCUGUGAUCCUGGAGAAAUUCUUCUUGAAACUGUGAACGUGAUGCUGUAUCAAGAAGGAAUCUUUAAGACUGCUUUCAGAGACAUUGACAGUCCUCAGCUAUUCUGGGGAAUGCUGGCAGGAAGGGCCAAUCCUGGGCUUUUUGAAAACAUGUCUCAUGACUCUUCCAGUCCCUUCCACAUUAUUUUCUUCUUCCUUCUCCCCUCUGGCAUCCCCCAUUUUAUUUCUUUCUCCAUGCUGCUCUUGUGUGCUAUGAAGCUCUGUAAAAAAUCAUUUCCUCUCUUAAAAUUUGUUAAAUAUUUCUGCAUCUCAUUUGAGCUUUUGAUGUUGUUUUCACAUUAAACUGCCUCCAGAAUUA